UAAUAAAAACGUCUUCGUCGCCAACGGUCCAUUUUUCCAUGCCAGCCCAGAUCAAGCUCUUCUUCUUCUUCCCUCUUCAUCUGCUGAUACUCAGUUCACUUCACUGUUACUGUGCAAAUUUCCGCUCAAUUCAAAAGCUUCUUCGAAGAAUCAGAAGAUCAAAGGCCUUUCUGAAGACAUUGUCGAGGUUGAUUUUCGAGCCCCUUUUCUCCGUUUAUCAAGAAGGCGGGAAAUGGAGGUCGCUGUGAUCGAUUGGAAGAACUUGGAUUCCAGGUUCGUCAGAGAUGAGAUGUACGAGAAUAUUAAUGCUCCUCAAUGGGUUGAUUUUUCUGCUCCUGAUGCCGCCAUUGAUGAUGAAUCUUGGUUCUGCAGACCAGAUUGUAAUCACCCGAAGAAAUUUGAAGAUUUUUGUAAGCAGAAAACUCCGGAAGCCAAGGUUCAAAGACCAGCUUUUGGGUCCGAAAGGCUUCCAUUGAACGAGCGUAGCAGGAGAGAUGGUGCACUGAAGAAGAGAGGAGUAAUGCAACCAAUAGUUUCACCAGCUACAGACAUGAAAUAUGGCAGGGCUAUGGAAGAUAGUGAGAAUCAGAACCCAAAUUAUGCUACCCCUCCAAAUAACAAAGCCAAAUUGCUGAAAGAGACAGUGAAAUCAAGCACAGAAAAGAAACAACUUGAUGUUGAUGAAAACGCCUGGAGGAAGGAACAGCCACGGAGUCUAAGAAGUACCCUAUCAGCGAAGAAUCUGUUUGCCGGCGGUGACAUACUGAGUAAGGUGACAGAGUUUUGCAAUGAAUUGAAGAAAUUGGCCACUAGGCCUAAAGACAAAGAGAACAUGGGGGAGAAUUUGAUCAAAGACAGUUCCAGUGAUGAUUAUGGUGACUUGGAUGUUAAAGAAAAGGAGAGGAAGCCAUUGCUUGAAGCAAACAAGGAGAAAAAUGUAACACCACUGAAGAGCAAACUCCAGGAGAAGCAAACAAGGAAGAAGAGACAUGAAGACACUGAAAACACUCCAAUUUCAAUCAAUGUGAAGAACAUUCGCAAAGGAGAUAAUGUGCUACAAAUCCGAACUUGUCCUCCCACGCCGCAAUGUUUCUCAGCCAAUCGUGGAGCAUCUAAAGUUCCCACCACCCCACUACGAACAUUCAAUUCUAGAACAAUGGAGAGAAGAGGGAUUCUAAAGGAGCUUGAACAGAGCAAUUUGGAGGAUAAGCUCAUGAGUGACACUGGACACAACUCGCUGAUCACCACAGCUACUGAGAAAGAAGCCAAGCCCUUGGACGUUUUCUGGUUCCUGAAGCCUUGUGCACUUUCAAGUUAGUGCAUUAUAGAAGACAGCUAAACUUAAUCUGUUCUAUAUUCUUUCCUUUGUAUCAUUUCUUGUUGAAUCUCCUUGAUAAGGUAGAUUUGCAUAGACUCUUACAUUCUUUCAUUCUUUGUUUAUUCAUUCCAUACAUAGAGAAAGAAACAUACAAUUGUACUCAGAAACCAAUUUCAGCUAAUAAAUUGAUCUAUAGUUACCGUCUUCCAUUGCACCAAACUAGACUGCAACAACUUUAUUGUAUCACACAAAGUUGAUAAUGGUUCUGGUUCAAGGCAGAAAUCACGAUAGACUGUCUGUUUCCACAUUUCAGUUCAAGACUAUCAAUGCAGAGUUAACUUUUCCUUUACAUGAAAAGAGACAUACUCCCUUCAACAGAACAAUCAUGUUGGGACGGCGGGGAUAUAUGAUAUGACUAAUAGAAUGGACAUCAAAUGGAAACGAAAUCAAUCAUCAGAAGCAACUAUUACCAGAAGUUUCCAACUACUGACCCCAAAAGAAUAAAGAAAGAUAGGCAGGUAGGUAACCCUGCUUUUCCUGUCGAAUCCUGAAUGUUCUAGUUUUGUGAUGCUUCCGAUUCUUCAUCUGCUAAAAUUGUCAUCUGGCCCCAGCCCAGAUAAAUUACGUAUCCCUGUUAUAU